UAAAAAGUCAAAAGUUUGGAUAAGCCAGCCAUGAAACAUCAGAUAAAAAUAAAAUAAUUUCGCAAAAAAAAAAAAUGUCACUUGAAUUAAAGCUUAGCGGACUUACAUUUGCUGAAGCGUACAAAAUUCGCAAGGAACAAGAAACUCUAGCCUCUACGUGGAAACAAAAGAAAAAUACCAACGUUGUGUACUUUGAAAAUUACGAAGAACUCGAUCAUGCUUUAAGGAAUAUUGUAAGUAACUUAGAAGGGAAAGAGGAAAUUACUGUUCCUGAUAUUCGAACAUUCGCCAGUAAAGUAGUGGGGUCGUUCAUCCAAGCCGUGACCUCAUGGAUGAGUUGCAAAAAGCUGGAUUUGUUACAUCAUCUUAUUAUAUGGAACAAACCAAAUCUGAUCACGUUUGUGCUGGCUCAUACAUCAUUCUUUCCAAAAACAUACCGGCCUGCCACUAACCCGUACGCUCAUCUGGCCUCGCUCAUGGGGUGCCACAAGUGUCUAGCUGUCAUCCUACACCAUCGACCAGAAGAUAAUUAUAAAGUGAUAGACAAAAACCAACAGUUCCAACUGCCAGAUUCUGUCUUGAAAAAACUAUCUCUGUCCACCAUCAAGCCUCUUACUGACAUAAACACGGAGAAACUAUUUAGGAAAUUCUCUGUAAGUAAAGUCAGUCAAUGCGAUUUGGAUAUCUUAGCAACAUAUGAGCUAGACGAUAAUGAAGAACCGCUCACUGAUAAUAAAAAGAAGUUUCUUCCAGGAGCCCUGCCAUCUGUUAGAGAUAAGCCUGGUAUGGUAACAAAAACUAAAAUCCCCUCACCCAGUACAUCUGCUGCGUCUUCACAGUCUGGUGAUUCUGGUUCUCGGAAAUCGUUUCCCCCGGGGAAUGUCAAAAAUUUGAUGCAUCAACGGUUAAAACUUUCAGAUACUACAGGCGGGUAUUUUCAACAGCGCACAGAUUCCAAUUUAUGGAUUAGUAAAUGUCCAAUCAGAUCAAUUAAAGGAGCUUCAAAAUACACAGAAACCCAGCACGUCAUCAACGUGAACUGGGACAGGUGGUCGUGUGCGUCAGAAGGCGUUCUUCAUGGCGCAGGACUUCCGGCGUCUAUAAAUGUCCUACCUACAAUAAAUCACGCGAAUUCAACAUCGGUGAUAAGCAGAAAUAGUCAUGCCAAUAAUAUUGACACAAUGCUUCAUGAAACGUCAGUAGUCAAAACGAAUAAGAGCAACAAUAAAUCAACCACUUCUGGGAAUACACUGCCGACGGUACAAAUGACAAAUGUUGAAUUUGGAGUCCGCAAAUUCGCUAAGUUUAAGGACUUUCAAAUAGAAAAAGCAAAAAGUUCCACACAGGAGAUCCUAAACCUGUUAAAUAAAACGCCAUUGCAUGUUGCUGCUGAGUUCAAACGCAAAGAGUGUGUCAUACUACUGCUAGACUGGCUAUUUCGUAAGAUGAAUGGUGGUAAAUCCGAUUCAAGUCGCUAUCUGACAUUGGCCUCAAGAUCUCGGUGUCCAGAAGGUAUAGCCACCCUCAUGGCUGAAACAAAAGUAGACAUAGCAGACUACAACGAGGCGGUCAUAACAUCUAUUCGUGAACAAUACCCUGAAUGUCUUAUUGCCCUUCUCAAAACCGCCAAGAAAGAGCGUACUGCUUUGUUUGGCGGCAUGAACCUCUUUCACAUCCUUUUCUCCCAAAGUUUAGUCGAAGGUUAUAAAUACGAAAUGCUGCCUGAUAUGACCAGAGCUUUAAUUAUUUGCAAAGAAAACGUGAAUUAUUGCAGAAUACCGCGUACUUUCCCCCUGUACACGCUCAUACACUGUAUGUUUCAUACACCAAUUGAUAACCGAAUUUAUUAUUACAUUCAGUGCCUGAUAAUGCUACUGCAAGCAAAAGCUAACCCACAAUACGAUGAGCAAACCAAAGCACUCCCAGGAGCGACGAAAAACAAUUUAACAGUUGCAAGAAAAUGCUUCUCGUCUGCUCUUAAAUGUGUCUUCGAUUCCGCAAUCGAAUCAGUUUGCUUUGUCGAAAAACCACAAUGGUGUAGGUUUCUUUUAAAAAAACUGAUAUCAACUAUUGAACUCUACGAUGCAACGAGUCGAUACGUGUUGCCUGAUGCUUUGUUUCAGUACUUGGAAAUUGUGGCAUACCGGUUGGGAUUGGAUGUUUCGGUAAUUAGAACCUUGCUACGAUAUGGCGCCAACCCAGACUGUGUUCGCGACGGAAAAUAUCCCGUGAACGUGUACUUUGAUCAGGUGUUUCCGUACUUAACUAAAUUUGAAGUCAUCCUGUCCUAUGAUCGCUACGAACAAGACACAGACGACCUGCUUUAUUUAUGUAAGCAUAUGAAACCUCGUUGUUUAACUGAGUCAUUCAGGAUUUUUUUAGACGAUCAUUUCCUGAAAGUUCCACUCCAAGCUCUGCCGAUCUACCGGUAUUUCUCUUGCCUGGUUAACGCCCUGCUCAGCUCUCCCAGACCCCUGCAGCAGAUUGUGUCCCACGCGAUAUGGUUGAUGGUUAACCGCAACAAGCACCGGGUUGAGAAACUCCCCGUGCCCAGCAGCCUGAAGCUUCUCAUUUUACCCUAGUGUAAAAUCGUACGUUCGAACUGCGCUACUGACCCUUGGACAUUGAAAUGAGCGAAAAAUAUCUCACUGGCAUUCGUAGAAAAUAAAUACGACUUU